AUGGAUGAAUCUCGUCCAACACGACAACGAACAAUUCAAGUUGUUUCGUUGCUAGAUAAAAUUCACUUGAAGAAAGAGCCCGAUCUGCCAACAUUACUAUCCAAUCUCCGUGAAAGUCUUUUAAAAAAAUCCGAAGAUGAUGAUCAAAUUGAUUCAAAUAUUAUACAACUUACCGAAUCCAUCAAAGUUAAACUUGAAGGUCUUGAAAAAUUCUACCAGAAAAAAGAGAUCUUCGAUAUCCUGCAAACAACAUUGGAAAGGUUUAUUAAUGAUAUUAUUUCAAUAACAAAACUACCAAAUAUUCUCUCCAAUGAGAGAUUUCUAGAUAUUAUUCACAUUAUAAUUUUGUCGGCAGAAACGCUCGAAUUACGUUCGAUAAUAGAAAACGAUCCGCCUUAUGCACGGACUAUCUGUUUUCGCUUUUUCAACUUAUUGGCAUCACCUGUUAUAACUGAUUUUCUCAAUGAAAAAAUCAGCCUUGUUCUAUUUGAACUGAUUGCAUACGUUUUGCGCACGAUUACCAGUUAUAUUACCAUAACGAUCGAAGUUAUUGUUUUCAAAAAAAAUGAACUACAAAAUCAAGUUCCAAUUCUACGUUCAUUAUUGAAAUACAUUGAUUGUCACAAAGCCAAUUCUGAUUUCACUGAAAAACGUACGGCAGUUGAUUCUUUAUUUACUUUUAUAUGGUCAUUAGCCAACGAUACGAUUUUAGUUCCAACUUUGAUUGAAGCGGAAUGUCCAAAAUAUGUAUUACAAUGGAUUGCAAACGAAGACAUACCAUCAGGAAUGCAGCAACCAUGUAUACAUAUCAUACACAACAUAGCAAGACAUGAGAAAGGUGUGAAAGUGUUAAACGAUGCGAAUGGUAUAACCAUACUUAAAGAUUUCAAGAGACGAGUGCUUGAUCCGAACAAAAACAAUCAAGACGAAUUGUAUACCGAAUUACGAUUGGUUUACUGUAUGGCUGUAUCAUUAUUAACCGAACCAAAAGAAAAUCAUGAAGAUUUGGAUAAUCUUCGCAAAAUUCUUGAUCAAUUGAUGCAGUUAGCUGUUGAUGCUGGACAAUCUGUACAGAAUAAAUAUCGAGGCUUUCACGUCAGUGAACCAAUUGUUGUUUUAACGAAAUUGUGUAUUCAUGAUGAAAUUCUCAAUUAUGUUUUAAAUGAAUCAAAUGUACAAAGAAUGGAAGCACCAACAAAAAUUCAAUUUUUCUGUCAUUUACUAGUUAAAUUUCGUGCUGCAGUAGCUACCGACGAUGAUUUAGAUCAAUUAACACUGAUAGCUCUGUUUAACAUUAUAUGGAGCAUAUCAUUUCAUGAUAAAUAUUUAUCUGAAUUGAAAAAGAAUUUUCAGUUUUUACUAACAAUCAAAACUCUAGCAGUUGAUAAUACUGCUGGAUCAGUUGACCAAUAUGUACCGAAUCACAUGUCAUCGAUACCCAAAGCAGCUCAAGGUAUCUUAUGGAAUCUUGACGAAGAUAAUCCAGGACGACUCGUUCGAAACACUACUGCGGAAUCGACAGCAACGACGCUAGCGGAACCGGUUACUGAUGAAACAAACAAAACACGUGUAAUGGUUAGCUAUUGCCAUACAGAUCAAGAAUUCUGUCGUCAAUUAGUUGACGCAUUAAAGAAAGAUAAUCGCUUACAUAUUUGGGUAGAUUUCGCAUAUUGCCAUACAGAAGACUUUUGGGAAGAAAUCGGUGAAGCUAUCGAAAAAGCAAAUGUUGUGCUCUUUCUAAUGUCCAAAGAAUAUCAAGAUAGUAAAUCAUGUCGACAAGAAGUGAUGUAUGCGAAAGAUUCGUUGAAGAAACGUUUUAUUCCCAUAUAUGUGAAAAAAGAUUUUCAAGCAUCUGGGUGGUUAGGCGUACGUAUUGUUGGUCCACAGUAUAUUCGCUUUGAGAAACGGCCAUUUGCAGAUACAAUGAAAGAAUUACUGAAAUUGAUUUUUGAAGAUAAAACAACAACAGUAUCUGCGCCAAAAGAAGAAAUUAAACCUCUUCCUCCACCUCCAGUCACUGAAACAAAACCGACGGAAAGUACAGUGAAACCUAGUGAACCUAUUCCUACUCUCACAGAUUUCAAACCAUUGAAAAAACCUGUUGAACAAUGGACAAGCAAAGAAAUUUCUCAAUGGUUUAGCGAUAACCAAAUUCAUCGUGAACUAGUUGAUAUAUAUGAUUUCAAGCAUGGUACAGAUUUGCUUCUUUAUAGUCAAUGUCUUCGACCUGAUUGGCAAAUUGAAUAUAAUGAUAUGAAAGAACGCUAUCAACAGAAAUAUCAUACUCCACUAUAUCGUGAUCAAUUCGUUCGUUUCGUCGGAGCAAUGAAUCGACUGAAACCAUCGCAAUCAAAAUCAAAAACAUGUGUCAUUUCCUAG